AUGUUCUCUUCCUCCACUCUCCUCUAUUCUCUCUCCCUCUUCCUCUCCCUCUCACUCAUCUCCUUCCUCCUCUUCCUCUCUUCCUCCCACCACCACAACAACAACAACAACAUCCUCUCCCCCGCCGAUGAACUCGACGACCUCUCCCUCUUCCACCGCGCCUCCUCCUCCUCCUCCUCCCGCCGUCUCAUCUCCCUCCCACACACUCCUCCGAAAAUCGCGUUCCUCUUCUUGACAAACUCCGAUCUCACCUUCCUCCCUCUCUGGGAACGCUUCUUCCAAGGACACGAAGAUCGCUACAACGCUUACAUCCACUCAGAUCCAUCCUUCACCAUAUCCCUCCCCUCCUCAUCAACAUUUAAAUUAAUCCCGUCGAAAAAAACCGCACGUGCCUCACCUUCAUUAAUCUCCGCGGAAAGACGGUUACUCGCACGUGCCAUCCUCGACGAUCCUAACAACCUCUACUUCGCUCUCGUCUCUCAACACUGCGUCCCUCUCCACUCCUUCUCCUACAUCCACAACCACCUCUUCGGCUCUCAAUCUCAUCAUCAUCGAAGCUUCGUGGAGAUUCUCGCCGACGAGCCGUUCCUCCCGAGACGCUACGCGGCGCGUGGAGUCGACGCGAUGAUGCCGGAGAUUAGGUACGAGGAUUUCCGCGUGGGGUCACAGUUCUUCGUGAUGGCGAAACGUCACGCGGUGAUGGUGAUAAGGGAGAGGAAGCUGUGGAGGAAGUUUAGGUUGCCUUGCGUUGAUGAUGAGGCGUCUUGUUACCCCGAGGAGCAUUAUUUCCCGACGUUGUUGUCUCUUGAGGAUCGUGAAGGGUGUAGCGGGUUUACGCUCACACGUGUUGACUGGACGGGGAGUGUUGGUGGUCAUCCUCACGCGUACGGGGCGGAGGAGGUGUCGCCUGGGUUGAUACGUUCGUUGAGGAGGUCGAAUUCGAGUUUGGAUUACUUCUUUGCGAGGAAGUUCGAGCCGGAGUCGUUGCGAGGGCUGAUGGAGAUAGCGGAUGAUGUGAUCUUUAGGGAUUGAAUGAAUCAGUGCAGAAAGUGAAUUAGGUUUGAAGUUUUAGAAGAAGUUUGUGGUUGGCGCUCCUCGAAGAAGAGUGGCAAAUAAAAGGUGAAGCUCUUGUGUGUCUGUGUGUGUUUUUUUUUACACUGUCGUAGGGAAAUUAGAGGGUUGAAUUUGGUGGAAAAGGGAAAUUGUAAAUAGCCCACAAGGGCAAAGUGAAAGCGAUUACAAAGUUGGCUAAUUCGGCUGUCUUUUUGUUUUCACUUCCUUUCCUUUAGAGAGACAGAUGGAGAGAGUGAAUGGCAAAAAAAGCCUUCCUUCUCUUUUGUUUCUAGAAAAAGUGUGAAUGUAAUAAAUAACACAAUUAAAGGUAACUAAUUCUGCUUUUGUAGUUAUAACAAACCAACUCGCUAUUUCCCGUAUGUACUAACCACUUCUGUCUCUACUAGUCUCACCGGCUUUGGCUUUCAAGGCGAGUGUACUCUACUACUUGAUGUUAUGAGUGUCUCGCGUAGCUUAACAUUUCUCAAAAAGUGCUUUGAGUUAUUUACCUUCAUAAAUGUUUGAUGGAUCAUUUCAUUGGCUAAUUUAGGAUGGUCUUUGUUACGUUUUGACAUAAGCAGGUUCUGUUUCCAUUUUCACUGUCUUUGGUUCUCUUUAUUUUGAGGGGCAAGGUUCUUUUCAUUUUUACUGUCUUUGGUUCUAUUUAUUUUGAGGGGCAAGGUUCUGUUAAUCAAAAUUUAUACAACUUUUCAUUGAUUGUAAAUUUUCAAAACGAUUUCAAAGCAAACAAACUCAG